AUGCGAUCCCUCUGUUACCAGCGACUAUCAUGUCGCACCCUUCUCUCCUCCACGAGAGCCCAGUCCGGGGUUAAAGCCGGUUCUUGUUCGAUUCGCGAUCAGCCCUCGGCACGAUCACUCACAAGUUUACCCCAACCACGCAAUAUUGCUCGGUGGAAAGCACCCAACCCAACGUAUACGUAUACAACAGCACGCUCAUUCGGACUCCCCUCACUCUCAUCAUUUCUUCCCUCUUCGCCAAACGGCAACAAUGACUCCCCCAAGCGCGUCCUCACAGCCACCCGUACCUUACCCUACUCGCCAGCGCUACUCUUCAAAGUGAUCUCCUCGGUCGAAUCAUACUCGCAAUUCCUCCCCUUUCUCAACGAGUCCACCGUGACAAUACGCGACCCUGAAACCGGCUACCCGACGCAAGCCUACCUGACCGUGGGAUAUGGGCCUUUGAGUGAGACGUUCACGUCGCGGGUGAAUUGCGACCCGGAAAAUUGGAUCGUCGAGGCAAAGAGCGGGGCUCGGUUUGGCAACGAAGAGGGCGCGUCAAAGGCCAGAUCAUCCUCUGCAUCCUCGUCCGGGCUGAGUGGGUUCUUUCCCGGAGCGAACGAGGGCCUCUUUGAGUAUCUGUCGACGCAGUGGAAGUUGGCGCCGCUGGCUCCGGUUGAGGCGCCGGGUGGACCGCAGACCAAGGUGACGCUGGAAGUGCAGUUCGAGUUUCGCAAUCAGAUGCAUGCCAAGAUCAUGGGGGCUGUCGAGGGCCAGAUGGCUAGUAUCAUGAUCGAGGCGUUUGAGAAACGGAUCAGGGAGACUCAUACACAGGGUCAAUAG